ACAAUGGAAGAUGGUUGUCAAAAGAAAAAGAGGAAGAAGAAAAAUCACAAGAACAAACGUUACUCAGAGAAGGAUGGCUCAAGAGAAACUCAUGCUAAAGGGCAAAACAGUCUACCCGAGAGAAACUUAAUGAAAGAUCAAUUGAAAAACCAUAACCCAAAAUAUAAAGACUCUGAAAUUAAGCUGAAGUCCUCAAAUGAUAAGGAAGUUCACAAGAAACUUAUAGCAGAUCACGAGGAACAUAUUCCAAUGGAAGAAGAUGUAGAAGAUGAUGGAAAAAAAUGUGAAGAGAAUGAUCAGCUGACAGAUGAUAGCUUUGUGGAUGCAUCUGAUAAAAUGGAAGAAGAUUUAAUCCCAGCCAAAUGCAUAGAGACACAUGGUGGUACUAGACAUGCUACCAUAAAGACAACAUCUGAUGUAUAUGAGACCAUUGCUGGUGCCCCAAAGCCAAUGCAGAACAUGUAUGGUGUUCAAGACCAACGAACUUCAUCCUACCAGGCUCCCCCUGGGUUCAGAUCUCAUAACCCUUCAGGCCUUGUGCAUACAGACAUGGUGCAUGUUGACCAGAAUAAGGAUGGUCAUAAACACUCAGUCAGUACAGAACAUAUAGCAUUAAGUGGUUCUGGGCAGUCAUCUUUGAAUAAGAGUGGAAGCAGUCCUCCAGGUUUUAGAGCUACUCGUACUCGAGGUGGUAAACAAAGGAUGGAUUCUAGUAGGGGAAUGCAUAAAACAGUGGAUACAAUCGCAGAUGUUGAAGCUAUUGAACCAAAUACAAAUGAAAAUAUGGAGCAGAUUCAAGAUAACAAAGCAGUUCAUUUCCCAUCAGCUUACAAGGACUCUGAGGAGUCUGGUAAAAGAGUACCUCCUUUGACACCCAGGGAAUUGUUAGAACAGCAUAAAAAGGGUUCAAGUCAUCCCCCUGGUAUGUUAUUCAGGAGUGGAAAACCUAAACAUGUGCCUAUUCAUCCCAAAAUCCUUGAAUCCUGCCAGGGAAAUAAGGAUGCUGUUGACACAUGUGCAGCUAUGGAUGAAGGGUUUGAUGACACUCCCAAGAAGAAGCAUAUCAUCCCCCUGAAAAUCAAGACAUCUCCGCUAGAUGAAAAAUACCCACAUGAAAUUGGUACUCCAGGAAUUCAAAUCCUUACACCAAACACGUUCCACAAAAUGGUUGAGUAUCGACCUCCUACGCCUCAUGAUGAUAUGUUAAGUCCUAGAUAUCCCGAUGCUAUGGAGACAGAGACUUCCAUUAUAAACUUGAAAUUACCAACUGUUAUGACAACAGGGCCAAUUAAAUCCACGUCAUACCAAGCUCCAAAUCCAAAAUCAUUCACAUCCAAAUUCUCAGAUUCUCCCCUCUCAGACAGUAAAGCUCCUCUAGCACAUCUCUUACAUCAGCAAACUGUGUAUGCCCAUGGAAUUGGCAGAGGGAGAGGAGCAUUUAGUCCCCACCAUUUUCUAAAAUCUCCCGAAACUGGUGAAAUUAGUCCUAAUCAUCCAAUUAAUGGAGACAGUCGAACUGUACUCAUUCAAAGCUCAAGCCCUAGUCAGAAUAAAGCACUUGUCAUAGAAGCUAAUGCAGAUAAUACUAGUCUUCAGGAGCCAAAAGAUCUGAACUUUGAUGAAUCCUAUGAUCAGUGGAGAAAUCCAGUCAAGGAAGAACCUAUCAGUAGCCCAGAGACUUGUGCACCAUCCAGGCCACCGGGAUUUGCGUUUUCAUCUCCCAGGGUUCUCAUUCCUAAAUCUAAAUCAGAUGUUAUAUUAUUUAAAGCUGAUUCUGACUUCAGAUGUGAAACUGGAGUCGCAGCCAAGACCAAAUAUGAUGACAUGAGCACUGCCAAAGAUACUAAAGAUAAAGAUGACAGUCUCAGUGAUACAGAUGGUGUUCUCUUGUGUCACAGAGACAUUACUCAAAGGAAUACUAGGACUCAGGAUUUGAAAAAGCAAUAUGAAAAAAGUUUGGAACAAAUAAAUAAAAAACAUGAAGAAAAUCUUCAAAAACUUGAUGAAGAUCAAAAGAAAUUAGAGGAGGACCACAAAAAACUUUUAGACAAAGAACAUAAAAAGUUAAAUGGAGAUCACAGAAAAGUUGAAUACCAUCACCAUAGAAGACUAGAAGUUGAUAAAGACCACAGAAAACUAGCUGAUGAAGACCACAAAAUACUAGUUGAUGAAGACCAAAGAAAUGAGGACCAUCGACAUAUAGAUAAGCACCCAAGAAAUGUGUUCGAUAAAGGCAAAGAUAAGGACCAUCAACAGGUACAUCGGUACCACAGAAAACUACUUGCUGAAAAACAUAGAAAGCUUCUUGAUGAAGACCAAAGAGAACUAAUUGAUGAAGACCACAGAAACAUCAUUGAUGAAGACCCUAAAAAUCAAAUGUCAAAACAUGACAACAAUGGUAAUAAAGAAUGCAAACAAACUCCAAGAAUUGAAACGAAAAAGGAAAUAUCCAGGAAAUCCCCAUGUACUCCUGUAGUUCAGUACUGGGGAAAAGUUUCAAAUCAUACCAGCUCACCUGUAGUUGUAACUGAUGAUAAUGUCCCCAAUGAUAAAACCAUGAACUUCAUGGAGGAAAUUAAAAUUCUGGAGUCAACACUCCAAUCAAAGCCAAAAGAUGCCAAACAGAAAGAGGGAGCAUUUGAUUUUAUGGAGGGAGUAGAAUUGAUUCACAAACUGCUUUCCCCUGAAAAAUGUGCAAAUUCUAAUGAGCAACUUGUAUGUGCCAAUCCAGACCCCCUAGAUACACAUUUAAGUCCUAUUACAUCUUAUAGCAGCCAAGAAAACUUGAACUGGGAUGUGCUCAAGAAAGAAUUUGAAUCAGAAAGUAGCCAAACAAGGAUGAAAGAAGCAAACAAAGCCAAACUCUCUAGCCAUCCUGCAAUGUACCAGAAUCAUCAAACAGUUAAACAGCGCCAGAAAGAUGAAACUGGAGGACGUAGUUUUAUUUUAACUAGAGGUAAAUCUGGCAGACCUCACUCUCAGGGAACCCCUAAUAAACGCAUAAAAUGUAGUUCUUCACCCCUAAAGUCAGUUAGAACCCCCUUGCCAACAAAGAAGACAGAAAGCUUCACUAGCGUCGUAACAGAUAAAUGUGAUCUGGCUAAUAUCGAACAAUCUCAUAAGAAAAAUCUAAAUGAUGAGCUCAAUCAAAGCUCUCAUGGUACCAAGGUUGACCAGCAUCAUCAUGAUCCAUAUAUUCAACAUAAACCUGCACCAAUGGUGAAUAAAGGUCAUGAAAAACAUCCAAAAUAUCAGCUCAGAGACCGGCCUGAAAGAUUUGGAACAAACACUCACGUGACAUCUAGGAGCCAUGUCAGACAAUCAUACCCUCCACCUUUACUAGGACAAUGCUUCAAUAGACCAUAUGCCCCACCUUAUCCAGGACAACACUCUUUUCCCAGACAAUCACCUUCAUUUUUGCCCAAUUAUCAACAAGGCAAUUCUCAGUCUAGAAUGCCCCAAUACAGGUAUCCUAAUAUUGACAUCCCACGUCACAAGGUUAUAGAAAUCAAGAAGUUUCCACAAUGUUAUGACCUUAAUAAUUCUGAAGAUUGGGAAGAAGAACUUAGUGAAGAUACUGAUGCUGAAGAAACUCGUCAUGCUACCAUUACAUACCAAAAUCAACUCAAAGGUCAAGGGAACUAUCCGAUGGAUAAUGAGGAGGCUGAGUAUGACAGUGAUAAGCUUAGCGAGUCAGAUAAAUCUCAAGUCUCAAGUAAAAUCAAGAUAUAUGAUUAUCGCCACAAUUCAUUUGAUGAAGACUCCAACAAAAGACAUGGUGUCCCAGAAUCCUACUGUCAGAAUGAUAUCAAAAUGGAAGAGGAGAAGUUUAAGAUAUGUCAAAAGAGGCCAAACUCACAAUGUGCAAAAAGUAGCCUUGAAGAAGGUGAAAUCAAUGAAAGUGAAGAAGAAGUAAAUUACAGAGAUAAUCAGUCUGAGAUCGAAGCUGAGACUAAAACAUUCAGGGAACCAUUGAAGUUUUUCAGUGGCUAUGAUGGUACACAGAAUUUUAAUGAAUCAAGAAAAUGCUUGCCUAGACCACACUUCAAAAGCAGUGAUGAGGAUGAAUAUGAAGAAAUUCAUCAAACUAACCAAAUGUCUCGAUUAGGAUGUGAAAAGAUUGAUGAGGCCCAUUGUAAAAUAGGUCGAGGAAGAACAUAUGCUGAAGCCAUAGGAGUAAAAUAUUCUGGUCCAAGAUUACCAUUACAAACAGACCAGACUGUCCAAGGGAGGUACUCCAGUCCUGCAUUUCCUAAACCCUUUAUGGGUAGAGGAGUGAGAAGACCUGUGUCUGUGUUGUAUCCUUCAGCCAGAUACCCUGUCUACCCCAGAAUGCCAACAGGUGGAAGAAUGCAUACCCCUGGAGGCUAUCCUGCCUAUAGAACUCAACACACACCAAGUAAAGAGGAAAUAGAGGGAAAAUGGGCCAAUGAUGACAGAGAAGAAAACAUGGAAAUUAGCUCAACAAAUGUCACAAGUAAGAAAGCAGUACCUGACUGGUAUGAAGAACCUGAUCAUGCUGGAGAAGGGUAUGUAACUAAGUGGCCUGCCCCAGGAGAGCAUCUCCAGUGCUUGCCUCCACACAUUAGAAAAUCCUAUAUUCAGCAACAAGCAGCGAAGAACAGUGCUGGCCAUAAAGUUCCAGAGUUAGAUGUAGAUAGAAGUCCUUCUUUGAGAAAACCACCAUAUCUUAGCAGAGCAGGUCCAACAGGUGCAUCCCCAGGUAGGCCUUCUCUUGGUUCAUGGCGCAAUGACCAAGCCUGGAAUUCCUUAGGUCGGGAAAUGUCCGACGUCCCCCAAUAUGGACAGAUACCCAAUGAGAUAUCAUGGCGUCAAAACAAUCAAUUCAGAGAUCAGAAAUACAAUGAUGACAUUCAGACUGAAGCUCCAACAUGGAAAGAUAGAUUUAAACACAACUUUGGAAACAUCACCGCAAAGUACAUUGAUUCUCACUGUCAUAUUGACUUCCUGUUUAACCAGCUGAGGUUCAAGGGUUCAUUUGAAAGAUUCAUCAAUGAGAACAAGGACAUGUUUCCUCCAUGCUAUGAAGGCUGUAUCACAGUGUUCUGUAACCCUGCCUCCUUUACACCCAAAGGUGGACUCUGGAAAGAUAUCCUAGCUGCACCAAAUGUAUGGGGAACAUUUGGUUGUCAUCCUAAACGUGCAACUGAGUAUGACAAGAUUGCUGAAGACGGUUUAAAGAUGUGUAUGCUGGAAGAGAAGGUGGUAGCUUUAGGGGAGAUAGGUCUAGAUUACUCUGGCAGUUUCGAACAACACAAGGAUGUACAGAAAGAUGUGUUCAUCCGUCAACUUGAGAUAGCACUAGAGAUGAAAAUGCCAUUAGUAUUGCAUUGUAGGGAGGCAGCUGAGGACAUGUUUCAGAUCAUGAUUGAGAAGGUGCCUCGUAACCAUAAAAUUCACUUGCAUUGCUUUACAAGAGACUGGCCAGAGGCUUAUAAGUGGAUAAAUGCAUUCCCAAAUCUCUUCAUUGGUCUGACGCCACUCUUAACAUACAAACAUGUUGGUGCACUACAGGAAGUAGCGCGUCAGAUACCAUUGAAUAAACUACUGCUUGAGACGGAUGCCCCUUACUUUUUACCACAUGGGGUGGCCAAGACAGACUAUGAGAAAUCCCAUCCUGGGUUUGCCAUUUACACAGCAAAAUCAGUGGCCUAUCAUAAAGGCAUACCCAUAGAAGAUGUUUUAAUCGCAUGUCGAGAAAACACUCGCAAUAUGUAUGGAGUUUAAUGGUGUUGAUACUUUGCAAUAAAAGGACAAAGCAGAAUAGCUGUAUUAAAUAUCAGCAUUAUGAUAAUCAAAUAUAAAUGGACUAAAAGUAUGAUUUACUUAAUUAUACAUCCUAGUUUUAUAUUCCUAGUACAUAUGUAUUUAUCAAUGAAUCUUUGAGCAAUUUGUUUGUUGCUAUUGUCCCGACUUUCUAUGGAUAUUCAACAAGUUCAUUAAACUGCCCUGUAACACCAAAUGUUGUAAUAUAAAAGUAAAAUGCCUCAUUAAGAAAUGAAUGUGUUAAAAAGUGAUUAGAUUUUUUAAAAAUGAUUUGUUAAACAGAAAACAGAUAAAAGACUAAACAGAAGCUUUUAGAAUUUAUUUAUUUUCAAAAUUGUUGUUUUUAAAACAUUUUUUCUUGCAAUAAAUCAGGAGACUAUGGAUUUUAAGGAAUGUGAGAUGUAAGAGAAAAGGGAACACUUCAGAAUUGGGACAAAAUGGGGGAUUGCAGAAAAUUGAGAAAGAAAAAAGAAAAUAAAACAAAAUUUAAAAUCUGGAGAAAACCUAAAAGCUCAGAAGAUGCACCAAGAAAGAUCAGUUUUGGCACGUAAGCUGAUUACUCAAGUGUUAAAAUAUGACACUGAAAAGACAAUGCAUGAAAAAAUUAAAUUAAUGAUUUUUUUAAUUCAUGCAUGAAUUACAUGUAACACUAAAGCAUGUGUUUGAAAUAUCAAAUACUUUUUUUCUGCCACGAUCUUUUGAUACAAAAGAAAGUGGAUGGCAAAAGUGCAUGUAGUCUCACUAUUUAGAUAAGAAUCUCAAUUGAAUACAAAAUGUGCCACUAUUUAGGAAUCUUAGAGUUUUACAAAUUGUGUCAUCAAUUAAUAACAGUGUAAUUCGAUGACUAUAUGAUUAUUUUUUGUUUGAUCGAGAAGGUGCCUAAUCUUGCCUAUUUUUGGCACACAGAAUUUUGUUGACCUGGGUCAUUUGCACAUUCAUUUUAUGUCUAUCAAAGUAUUUAUUUCACCAUUUUUUAGA